CACCGGCAGCUCGCGGAUAGUGAGGAGAUGUUUGCUCCUUGCUGACCAACCUGCGUCAUUUACACCAACAUCAUCCUCCCCAAUGAUGGAAGGAAAUCACUCUGGAACCGAAGUGAACCUUGUUCUGCUGGGAAUGACCGGGACUGGAAAGAGCGCAAGUGGAAACACAAUCCUCGGAAAGAAAGAGUUUAUAUCAAGAGUCCGUUCAAAUCUGGUCACCACAGAGUGCCAGGAGGCAGAAACUGUGAUAAACGGUAGACAUGUACGUGUCAUUGAUACCCCAGACAUCUUUGAUGAUGAGAUGAAAUCGUCAAUUAAGGAACAUGUGGGAAAUUGCAAAGACCUCAGUCAGUCAGGGCCUUGUGUGUACUUACUUGUGAUGCAUGUUAGCAGAUUUACAGAUGGAGAGAGAGACACACUGGAAAUGUUGGAAACAGCUUUUGGCAGCAAAGUUAGAGAACAAACAGUCAUCCUGUUUACUCGUGGAAAAGAUCUGGAGCAAGGAGAAAUGAGCUUUAAGAGUUUUUUGGAUCAGUGCCAGCCUGACCUUAAGACAAUUGUUGAGAAGUGUAGAGGAAGGUGUGUUGUUUUUGAGAACCAUGCUUCUGCUUCAGGUUCAGAUCAAGUGGAAAAACUGAUGCAGAUAGUGGACGGUAUGUUAAAAUAACAGCAGAAAGAAAGAAGAAUGUGCACGUAUCAGGUCAGGCGCAUAAAGAAACAAGAUGGAAUUUUUCUUACUUCUAGAUAGACCAAGACUACAUUGGAAAUGAAUCAAUACCUUUAAGGGGUUGAUUACACUUUACAAAUUACAUUUAGAUUUUCUUUUUACUUGGCUUUUUAAUUAGCAGCAUUUGAUCAGAGAUUUUAUAUUUUGUUCAUAGUCAUGUUUGUCUGAAAUAAGUUAAUUGAUUUUGUAAAAUGAACCAAACAUAUUUCUUUACUCUGUGUAAGAGCUCCAUCUUUCUCAUUUUGUUAACCUUUGUAAACUGUAAUGACAUAAACAAUACAUUUAACAUUUAACUUCCAGGCUGGACUAUUGUAAUUCCCUACUGUCAGGUUGCUCAAAUAAGUCCCUUAAGACUCUCCAGCUGAUCCAGAAUGCUGCAGCGCGUGUUCUCAC